CGGGCGGGGUUCCCGGAACGGCCGGGGCGGGGCGAGAAAGCGGGUGGCCGCGCGGGUCGCCGAGCCUGCGGCCGCACCACGACCGUCCGUCCGUCCGCCCGCCCAGCCAUGGCCGCGCCGACCCCCGCGCCUCGGCUGCUGCUGCUGCUGCUGCUGCUGCUGCUCCCGGCGCCUCCGGGUGCCCAUAGUGAGGUAUGUGUGACUUCCCCUGGGCGCAACCUCUUCCCCAAGUUCUGUCCUGAUUUCUGCUGUGGCACCUGUUACGACCAGUACUGCUGUUCUGAUGUACUGAAGAAAUUUAUGUGGAAUGGGGAAGAGUGUGAUGUUCCGGAGGCCAGUGUCCCCAUCAACGUGGAGCCACCAGAGCAGCUGGGCUCAACACUGAAGUUCCGCUCCAGCCUGGACAGCGACUCCAUGUCUGGGUUUGGCACGACUGUGGCCGUCGGCCUGACCAUCUUUGUGCUCUCCAUCGUCACCGUCAUCAUCUGCUUUACCUGCUCCUGCUGCUGCUUGUACAAGAUGUGCCGCCGACCACGUCGUAAGCAUACCCACCCCCACUCGCCCCACUGUGACCCCUUGUGUGCAGCGGUUGUGACGACCACCACGGCCACCACGGUGGUGCACACCCCUUACACGCAACCUCCAAAUGUGCCGCCCAGCUACCCUGGACCAACGUACCAGGGCUACCACUCCGUGCCCCCCCAGCCAGGGAUGCCAGCAGCACCCUACCCCACGCAGUACCCACCACCCUACCCGGCCCAGCCUAUGGGCCCCCCCGCCUACCACGAGACAAUGGCUGGAGGUGCAGCCAUGCCCUACCCAGCCAGCCAGCCUCCUUACAAUCCGGCCUACAUGGACCCCCCGAAGGCAGCCCCCUGAGGACACCCUCGCAUCUCUGGCCGCCACUUGAUCUGUCGUGUGAAUGGGUAUGCAGGCAUGGUGUCCCCUUUUCUCCCGGUGUGUGGUGUGUGUAUGUCCUGUUUGUAUAUGAGGCUUCUCGUGAUGCCAGUGAGGAGUGGGGAACAAUCCUUGCCAGAGCUGCUGGGACCACACUUUGUUCCCUUUCUCACUUGAAAUUAUGCUUCCUGAAAUCUCAAGCAAAAUUCAAAGAACAGUUCUUUUCCAGACCACCCCAGGGAAACCAGGUGGGGCUAUCACACUAGGAUAGCACAGAUUUUUGCAGGAAGGAUGCACACGUUCCAGUUUCUGCAGAAUGGCUAGCCAUGCUCGAGGCCAUGGCUUGUCCCCAAGCUUGUCUUCGAAGAACCAGAGCCAUGAUGCAGGCAAGUGGGUGAGGCUUGGGAACUGGCUACAGGUGGGUCUUGGCCCUUUCCCAUGGCUCCCAGAGCCUGUGCGAUGCCCAGUGGAGGAUGGAUGGCCUCCUGAUAUCAAAACACCUCAAGCAGAGCCCCACCCUCCCCUAAGAGCUGCCUGCCUGUGUUCUGGACUAUGUUCUUGCAACCUUCCUGGGACCACCUGGAGGACCACAUUUACCCACAGUUCUGGCUGCCCUGGUUGGCUCUGGGCAGGGUGGCCCCAGUCCACCUACACACUCAGUGUUUUUGUUUUACUUUUAGCUAAAUAUUUUGCCUGUUUUCUGUUUCAAAAUGUGUGUAAUAGUUGCUGUGGGGCUUAAACCCCUGGGUCCUAGAGGGAAAUUGCCCCAGAGAGAAGGGACUCUGCUGUCUGAUAGUCCCUGCAGCAGCCUCACUGACUAUCCAGCUCCUGUGCCCCAGGGCAGUUUGUCUUAGCAGUGGGGACACCUGGGCCAAGGUGUCAUCUGGACCAAAGGUGGAGGGGACCCUUGGUGGCGGCUCUGGCCCAGACACAUACCUCGGUGUUCCCUAUCCCUCUGUUAAUAUCUCACCACGUAGUAGCUUUGUAUCUGUUGAUGUGUUUUGGAGAGUCUAGGGUCUGCACCCUUGUUUAUAAUAAAUGCAAAUAUUUGGA